AGUAAAUAUUAUUCGUUAGAAACUGACAUUUUAUGUUUAAAUAAUGUGACGAAGAAGCAAAUGUAUAUACAAGAUUGAGCAGUUUCUAAACAAUGUAGAAAUAGAAUAUUAAUUUAAAAUUAGGAAUGUGUAUUUAACAAUUUCAUUUUUGUAGGUUAUGAAAUGAUUUAUUAACAGGUUCGAUAUAUUGUUAAAUUUUCCUCGUGUGUUAUUAGCGCUCGAUGAAAUAUAUGUACAUAUACUUACAAUAAUUGAAGAAUUGUUUAUUUAAGAUAUUUUUAUAACAUAUCUUCGCAAGAUGCUUACAGCAAAUUUGAUUAAUAAACAUGUUAAUAAGAAAAAUUGUUUAACCGUAUUUUUUUUUUAUUAUGACAGCAUAAUUAAUGUUAAUUUGUUUGUGACAUAUGAAUGAUUGCGAAGUAGAUUGUAUUAUAUACUUUUAUGAAGUUGCAUAUAAAAACAUUUGAACAAUUUUUUUAUGAUAAUGAGUUUUCAGUUAUUUUAUGAAGAACAAAUUGGUAUAUUUUAAUAUUUUUCUACAUAUGGUACUUUAAAACGUUUUCAUGCAUUAAUAUUUUUCUGCACAAGUAUAACAUUGCUAUAUAGUGAUUUGAAACAUGCUCGAAGUGCCGAUGUUCAGUGUGGACAAAUUUGUACAUACAUUUGUUCAAAAUUUAGGUUUAAGAAUCCAAUCACCAGUUUAUAAAAACUUUAGCAAAAUUUCUUUCAUAAAGUAUAUAGACAGAACGUGUAAGGUCAAAGAACAAUUAUUUUGCACCAUAGAAAAAAUCAAAGAUAUUAAUGUACAACAGAAUUUGGAUUUUUCCAAUGAGAAAGAUAUACGAUACUUUAUAGAAAAACAUACUAGAUUUUCUGAUAAGUUUACUUCUUCAAGUAAUACGCAUAUAUUAACAUCUCACUUGAAGAAUAUUAAUGUAAAAAUUCUUGAAAAAGUUAGGGCAAGGAAAAGACAUUUUGAUAACAUCAAAGAAAGGGAAAUUAAAAUUUCAAAUAAAAAUACAUCUUGCAAGAAGAAAUUGAGAAUAAAUUUACAGAAUAAGUUGGAUGGAUUAAAAAAAAAUUUGUCACCUACAUUAUGCAAACCAAAGGCUAUUGACUUACAUAAUAAUUAUAAAAGAAGUAAAUUUAGAAAUGUCCUUGCAUGUGAAAGUCGGAUAGAUAAUAAUAUUUCAAAAACAAAUAAUAAUAACAAUAAUCAGAAAGUUUCAAGUAGACAUAAUUUGCCAAAUAGUCUCAUGAGUAUUGCAAAAAAGGAAGUAGAAAUGGCUGAAGGAUUCAUACGGUUACAUACAAAAGACAUAGAGAGCAUAAAAAAAAAAUUGCAUGUUACUCUUUAUAUAGCAAAGAGUGAAAGUUAUCGUUAUAAUGCAGAAGAUCAAAUAAGAUGUAACCAACUGCUGUGUCAUCAUGCAAUUUUAUGUUUGAUAGAACCCAGUGAAAAAGCUUUUGUUUUAUAUGAAAAUGAUUUAUCAGUUGUUAUUAAAAAAUAUUUAAUGCAAGGAUACGAGCAUCAUUUCGAAUUUCAGAGAAAUUCACAGGAUUAUUAUAUCGCUUUACUUAUUUUGAGUCAGUGGGCUAAAGUUUUAGUUAAACAUCCGAAUACAACAAUGAUGCUUACACUGUGUGGUAUAUUGGGAUGCAAUGUAGAAGAAAUAUUAGUUCUAAAUAGUCCAGAAGGAAUGUUAUUAUAA